GUAGCACCGCAAGGAAGGUGACAUUAAUUAAAACAUGGAUUAACAGUCAACCACAGAAAUGAGCCAAGAAGCACCUUUACCACUAUACCUCGACAAGAAGCCCCUCAUACCAACAACCCGACAAAACCCUCGUCUACAUCCUGCAUUCCACCCACCCUACUCGAACCAAACAAACAACUUACACCACACCACACCCACCAAUCCCAAUCACUCCUCACAAUCGUACAAAGAUCGCAAAUCAGCGCCACCCACACCCCCUUGCAUCACCCUGCAGCAAACCCCGCCCACCUACCACGACCUUCCCUACAAGUAUAAAAACACAAUGCCGCCUAUUCACCAACCCCACCUCCGCUCAUCCUCCACAUCACGCCUAAAACCACCCUCCGUCUUCCGCUACAUCCUCAUCCUCCUCAAAGCUCGCCCUACAACGACACACACCGACGCAUUGUUCAUACAAUCAUCAGCUCGGAGUGCGUCAACGACAAAAGUGUCGAAUAACGGUACGGCGGGAAGUUACUUCGGGAUUGAAGCAGUCCUUGUGCGAGAAUCGGAAAUAAGUCUGCCGCCGUACGAACCUUGAUAUGGCGACUAUUGUCUUCGCGUCUGUGAAUUUGGCCAAGAAUAGUGUGUCAGGGGUAGAGGAAAGAAAGUCUUCUUGGGAUGCCGGAGUUGGAGUGGAUAUGCAAAGGAGUAAAGACAAUGGAGCAGUGGCGGACGGUCCGGAUGUGGGGGAUGCGUGUGCGGUUAUGUAGGAUGAUAGUGCUA